GCUGCGGCGUCCCCGGUGUUGUUAUUUCGUUGUUGUUGUUUCGUUGUUUCGUUGUUGUUCCAAACGAGAGCGAAAGGGGUGUGAGCCGAGUGUGAGAGGAGUGUGAGCUGAGCGUGUCACCUGCCACUGACAGCUCUGAGCUGUCCCUGUCACCUGUCACUCUCCGCUGUCCCUGUCCCCUGCCGGCUCUGGACCGGACGCAGCCCCGGCACAGCCCGCGCUCCGCUCCCGGCGAGGUGCUCCCGGAGACCGACGCUCGCUCGCCCGAUCCCUCCCCUGCCAUGGCGCUAUGCGGCGGCCGCGGGCUGCCCGGGCUGGUGGGCACGUCCCCGGGGGUGUCACCGCUCCCCCCGCUGUCGCUGGACGCGGGACACCCGGCGGAGCUGGGCAGGCUCUGGGACACCUCAAAGCGGCGAGGCGGGGGGCUGCCCCUCCCGCGGCUCUCGCCCACCCUGUCCCCGCAGCCGGCGGCUUCGCCCUGUGCCCGGGACUCCGUCUGCUCCCAGCCCUCGGAUGCCGGAUUGGGGCUGGACUCCCCCACACAGCACGACCCGGCGGCGGCGGAGGAAGCCUUCGAGAAAGCAAUCCUGAAUUCCAGGAGAGUUCUCCAAGGCACAAAGCUCCAUCUGCGGAGGAUCCGCUCCUUGCCACCAUGUCUCCUGGAAUCCAGCACGAUCCUGAAGGACAUCUCCCACUCCGGGGAGUUCAACAUCCGCAGAGGCCGAGUGCAGAGGGGCCGGAGGGAGUCUGAGGAUGAGGAGGGCUUUGUCCCAAAGAAGCUGCCGACACUGGAUCAGCAGAGCUGGCUGGCCACCGGCCAUGGGGCUGCCAGGAGGGACUCCCUGGCCACGAGACCCUGCUCCACAUCCAGCCUGCUGAGUGAUGCCACCAUGCCCCAGGAGACUGAGAAUGUGCUGACCAUGAGGAUGACAAGGAAGGAGGAGGCAGAGCUGGAAGAGGGGCUGCAGCAUUCCCGGUCUGCCCAGUAUGAAGAGAUCAGGAGCCUGCCAGACAGCAACGAUCAGGAGCUCAUUGGGGACUUCUCCAAGGCUCACCUCCUGCCAAUGGUGAAGGGGAAGGACCCAAGCCUGAAGUACAUCUCCCCUGACACGUUGGUGGCAGUACUGACUGGGCAGUGGAGCAGCUUCAUCAAGAGCAGCAUCACCGUGGACUGUCGGUACCCCUAUGAGUACGAGGGGGGCCACAUCAAGGGUGCUGUCAACCUGCCCCUGCAGCAGGAUGUGGAGCAAUUCCUGCUGGACCAGCCCAUCCUGUCCCUGGACACCAGCAAGAGGGUGAUCAUCAUCUUCCACUGCGAGUUCUCUGCUCACCGCGGGCCCAAAAUACACACUGCGAACCCCAGGACUAUCGGCCCAUGGAGCACGGGGCCUUCCAGGAGGAGCUGCGCCAGUUCCGCUCCCAGAGCAGGCUCCGGGCGGGAGAGCGCAGCCGGCGGGAGUUCUGCAGCCGCCUCCUGCCCCGCUGAGCGCUCGGGGACCCGCAGCCCCUCCGUGGGCAAUGGGAGAGCUGGAGGCUGCGAGGGCUUCCCUUGGCCGGGCAAUGUGCUUUGGGUUGGUCUGAUUUCUUAGGAUUGGUUUAAUGUAGAGGCUAUUGUUAGGAGUGGUUUAAUGUCUUAGUUAUUAUUAGGAUUGGUUUAAUUGGUUAUUGUUAGGAGUGGUUUAAUGUCUUAGUAAUUGUUCGGAUUGGGGGUUUGUGCCUUCUUUAUUGUUAGGAUUGGUUUAUUGUAUUGCUUAUUGUUAGAAUUUUGUUUGUGUCUUGUUUAUUGUUAAGAUUGUUUUUUCAUAAUCUCUGAUAUCAAACUCCUAAGGUGGAAGGAAAGAAGGAAAAAACACAAGAUACUCAAUUAGCUACAUAGAAUAUUCCUGAACUACUUUAUUUUGUACAAAAUCAAUGCACAAAGACCUUCAUAGUAGCAAAUUACUUCCUUUAUUGUAAAUGUGGCAACGACUUUAACCACAAUCCAGUAAAGGUGUUCCAUGGCUCUCCAUGUCCUUCAGAGAUAAAAAGUCACCCCCAAGGAAAUGGGUGGUACUGACAAGCAGCACAACUGGUUUCCAAUAUGGUUGCUUUUUUCUUACUGUGAAAUUUGCUGGCACAAAAUUCUUCAUACUAUGAUUUCAGCCAAAACAUAAGAGAAAAUGUCACUGUCAGAAUGGAUAAACAUCAUAAUAAUAGAGAUUUAUUUUUAUUUUGUUUCUCUUUGAAAAGACUUUUGCUAUUGCUUCUAGCAGGACAGCUAUAGCAAGCUAUAGAAACUUUGCUCUUACUGCAUAUACACCAGAUACAGAGUGUAUGAGAAGUUUCUUUUUCAAAAAAAUUGAUUACAUUUUCAGCUGAAGAAAAUGCAUUUCUUCCCCUCAACAGCAGAGGAAUGAAGAUUUUAUGGUUAGAUCUUGCUGGAUCAGCUAGAUCUCACUCCUUUACUAAUAUGGUUCCAGGCUGCAAUCUUAUUAUUAUAGUUUUGUUUUUUUUUAGGGGAGCAUUUAUUAAUGCAGCUUCCCUGAAAAACGAACAAAGAAAUGAUCAAAAGAAACCUCUCAAACAAGAAACAAACCUUAAGCAUCUAGCAACUAGAUUCCUUUAUAUUAAUAACAACAACAACAUAGAUUCAAAUAAAACUCAACUACUUUUAGAUUUAAUUUCACAGACAGGAACUACAAAAUGAUCAGGCAUCAAGAAAUUUUCAUAUGCACAGGGAAUAAUACAGAAGCCAUAUUUCUUGAUUUAUAUAUCAUGGUAUAUGUUUAUAUACCAUGAAGAAACAAAUGAUUCUGCUUUCUGGAUUAGAGCCUUGAAUGGUUUAAAUAAUGGAGAGUGUAGCCAUUGCUCUUUCUUGUGCCAGCCAGCUGCACUAAGUCCAGAAAAGGUUCUCCUUCACAAAAAGCAGUGUACGCAUCUUUCCAGCCUGGAAAGUGCUUUCCCCAGAGCCAAGCAGUGGAUUGUUAAACUUUUGAUGCUACAAUAACUCUGUCAAAGCCUUCAGGCUGAUGUCGAUGAUAAGAUUUACAGUAGCCUUAAUAUUUAUUGAAAGAAACUAAUUGUAAUUAUAAACACCUAAGAAAAUAAUUUAAUUUUUCUGUAUGGGUUUUUUUUUGUUAUUAUUAUAUUUAUGACUUUAAAAAAAUAAGAGAGACAGCACUGCCCUGGGGUUGCGUCAUAGCUGGAGGCUGACAUGUUCCACAGGAGAGAUAAAUCCACCUCUGAUACCAUAAUGUGGAGCCUUUUCCUCUUCCUCCCACCUUGCAUGGCCUUGCACCUCAUCUGUCAGCUUUCUGAUUAUACCAUGGAAUGGAACUAGGGCUCAGGUUUGGAAUUUAUUUCCAGGAUUCAGCCUAUGGGUUUUGAUUACUUUCAUAUGCAAGCAUCCAUUUUUAACUGCUGAGCAGCGUCCUAAAAUGGAUGUUCAUAAUAAAAUUGAAAAUCUUCAGCUUGUAUAACUUAAUUACAAUGCAUUAGUAUGAUGUAGAGGUACAUUUCAGAGGUGAUAAUGGUUGUUUUCCAUUAAUGUGUCCUAAUCAUCAGCAAAACCUUGCUCACACUGAUCUUUAACCCUUUUAGAAGCAGUUGAUGGUAAUGUACAAGGCCAGGGGCACUUACAAGAAAACCUGCUGUUUGUUCACAAUCUGAAAGCACUGCUUAAAUAUUAAGGGUUAUUAUACAAUACAAUUAUAUACAAUAUCUGAUGAUCUGUUAAAAUAUGGAUUAAAAAGAAGAUAAUAUCAAAGAGAAUUAACUUUCAAUGAAGUCAGUGUUGCCACACCAGUUUGGCUGUCAAACAGUACAUUUCCACUCUUCUAAUUAUGAAGGAUUAGUUAUUUAGUUGUCCAUUUUUAGUAUGGGUCUAUAUUCUUUGAGUCUACAGCAAAGUAACAACACACCAAGCCUGACUCUUUCUCCAGGAGUCUUUACAGCCUAUACUAAAGCCUCAUUAAGCUUUUGUCCUCCUCGGAGUGUCCAGCUGCAUAUUCUGCUGUAGUAAAAGGGUGAUAAUAUCACUGAAUACUUUGUAUUACAGAAAAAUAUGUAACAUCACAAGAAAUGGUUAAUAAAACUUAAUUCAGCAUUAUGAAACUUAAAAUUACAAAUGUUUCUUCAUUCUCAAGAUGCACAGUAGAAUUUCCCUGCCCUAGAUAUUCAUAGACUUUGAACCUUUAACCACUGCAAUUUAUACUUGGCCAUUUGCAUUUCACUCCAGGGGCACAUUUGUGCUGUGAGCAGCACAGUGCAGAGACAGUGAUUUUUUGCUUAGGUGACUUUGAGCACCCAGUGCAGAAGUGAAUCCUGCAAACACAAAUUCAUGACAUGAAAGUGUGCAGUGAUGGAACCAAACAGCACCUCAUCCUUGGACAGAUAUAUCUAGUUCCAAUUCCAGGCUGGAACCACUAAAAAGCUAUUAUGGCUAAAAACAUAAUGUCAGGCCACAAAAUCAACUUAGCCCCACCCUCCCAAGUGUUUGAAGUAUUCAUUACAGAGGUUAAAAGGAUGAAUUUCUAAUGGUGGUAAUACUCACUUUCUAUUUUGAAGUAAUUUUCUUUUCCUUAUCGUCUCCCCCCUGCAAGUGUGACACACACUGUUUCUGACUCCAUUAACCCUUUUAAAACCUCUAAUAAAAGUCACGAGGUCAUUCUUUUUAA